AUGGCCAACUUCGUCUUGAUGCCACCCGGCGCUUCCAGCCCCAUCGUCUUCACCAGCAAAUGGACACUGGAGCAUAUCGACAGAAUCUACCAGUGCAUUCAUACAGACAGCAAGUCGAGCAAGCUCCUUAAAAUCCUCCCUUCUCUCUAUAACGAGUUGGAUGUCGGUGCCAAAGCUGGGUUUGCUAAUCUCUACAUGGUUCAACUUGGCAUGCCCGUUCUCUAUGCUCGCGACACUCAGAACAACUGCUACUACCUCGGAGCUCCUUGUGACUUCUUUGCUAAGGGUGGAAUGUUGGUCAACAUUCCCGGUGCUCCUGAAGUCAUUUUCAUUCACCGUCCUGAGAAACCUGCUUUCCCUGCCAAGAUCCCACGACCUCCCAAUGCCUACAUCCUUUACCGUAAGGAGCGUCACCAUUCGAUCAAGGCUCAACGCCCUGAUAUCACCAACAAUGAAAUCUCCCAAGUCCUUGGCCGCCUCUGGAACUCCGAGACCCGUGAGGUUCGCGCACUCUACAAGCAGAUGGCGGAUCAGAAAAAGGCCGAACAUCGCCGACAGUACCCCGACUACCAGUACCGCCCUCGUCGUCCUUCUGAGCGGCGCCGUCGCAACAAUGCUUCGUCUGACAGCAGUACAGCGACUACUACUGUCGCACAGCAGAUUACCGCCUAA